AAAAUAAAAAAAAUGAAAGAAUGAAAAUAUAAAAGUUCGUUAUAUAACAUACAAAAAAUCUCCGACAACAAGGAUUCGAUCAGGUAAAGAAAAACAGAGAAUAAUUAACGGAAUGGCUGACCGGAGUCACAAACGUUCCGUUAUUUGCAUUUCUUCUUCUUCAUCCAGCGAAGAAGAAGAACAAAACGACGACGACAGUGAAGAAAAUGAAGAAGAAAUCAGCGGAGAUGAUGAUGAUGAUGCAAGUAAUUACACCGGAGACGGAGAUGAGGCAGAAUCCGAUGAUGAUAACUGCAGCGUAUAUGAAGAUGAUGACGAUGCAAGUGAUUGCACGGGAGAUGAUGAUGAUGAUGACGUGGCUAAGGAAAAUGACGAGUCUCUCUGCCAAAGAGUCAUUUGCUUUCUCAAAGAGGGAAAGGAUUUAGAAGCAUUAAGUUUACAAGAUUAUAAAGCAUAUCUCAGGAAGCAUGGCCUCAGGCUAGCUGGGACUAAGUCAGUUUGUUUGAGUAGAGUUAAGGACCAUUGGAGGAUAAAGGAUGGGAAUGGGGAAUCACUUUAUCCUAGAUCAUCCUUUGUCAUUAAUUGUACAGGUGAUGUCUGUAAUGGAGAUGUGGUUCUCUUCACCCAGAAAGUUUACAAGAAGUUUGAUAAAGUAAUAAGACAUGGGAAUCUACUUGGAAAAAGAACAGUAGCGGGCCGGGUUGUAAAUGAAAGCUACGGUUCUGCCAAACAACAACAUACAUUUACACAUGCAGUUGAUCAUUUGGUGAUUGUGAUAUACAAGGUUGAAGUACUCUGGAGCAAGGGAGCAAAGAAAUUGCCUCCGCUGUAUCCUUUGCUUGUGAAAGGCCGUAACUUGUACAGAUUAAAAACCUUUAGGCAGCGUUGGAAUAAUGAAGCAGAAAGACAAGAAGUCCUUGCUGAGAAACACAAACGAGGUACAGCUGCAAGACUUGUGAGAGCAAUGAAGAAAUCGAAGAAAAAAUUGUCGGAAACCGGACGCUCAAAUGUGAAGCGUCAAAAAUGUUCCCAUCAUACAAGACCAUCUCGAACGAUAGAGACAGCUGAACCAGGACGAAAAAAGCAUGCUUACGGGCACAAAAAGGACACGUCACAGCAACAUGGAAAGGUUCACAAUCAUCGUCAUACUGUCCCACAUUCUAGACAACUGAACUUGAAGAGACAUAAUAAGUCAGGUACUGUUGGUUCUAACCCUACUCAGAAGCGUUUGAAAGUUCGGCAUCUUGAUGAGGGCAAGGACCCAGCAGCUCGUCAUGCGUAUGCUUACGCUCAGCAAAGUCCUUACCCACCGCAAAGAGAAUAUCAUAAUCCAACUGUAGCAUUCCACUUUUCGCAUCAUGACAUGGGGUCCACUUCAAUAAUGCCUCCUUGGAGAGCUUAUGCUAAUACAGUUGCUAUGCCUGCUUUCGAAGAUCGAUGGUCUAACCAUAUAAAUGAUAUACACCAUGACCGGUUGAAUCAUCCUAGCAACAACUUUGGAAGGGCAAACUCGCUCCACUUUUCUGAGUUUGGUUCCAAUCACCAAUCAUCACGAGGAAGAGAGACGUAUGCACAGAGGAAGAGAAGUUUUCAGCAUUAUCAUAGAUGAGACAUAGUGACCUGAGAUUUGGAUGCUGAGCUCGUGCCUUAAUAGUGAAGGGAUGUGCCAUGGGCUUGUUAAAUUGCGAGUACCUUGUGUCAGAACGGAGAAAUUCUAUAAAUUCGAUGCGCGAACUUUUAACAACUUUAGUUAUAUUCCUCCAUAAAUGGUUUAGAAUUCUGUUCUUGGAUUAUGUAAAUUUUGUUUAGUGUAGACUACUUAGCAAAAUGGAAAUCAUAUUGUACUCUAUAACAUAAGAGUGUGGAAACAAAUUACUCGAUUUCAAAGCUAUACAGAAAAUAUAUAGUGUAAAUUUCAAGUUUUUGAGAGGUUUUGAAGUUAA